AUGAAUGUGGUUUCGGUCGGUUGCAAUGGGAAACGAAGUUUUGACGAAUCGAGUAACCUUCAAAGCGAGAGUCUCAUCGCGGUCUGGCUGUCUGGUCGGACAACCGUCACAUUUUUUCGCCAGUUUGGCGCUCCACGUAUCGUGUGGCACAGCGGCACCCCCGUCUUUCGGCUUAAGGGAGCCGAGUUGUCGCACACUCGAACGCACGCACGCACGCACUCCGCGCGCGCGAACUCACCGCCGUCGGACUCGCACUCCGAUCCGCGCAGCAGCGACGCCCUCCCGUCGAGUCGUCGCCCGCACCGCUCCCGCCGCUUCCCUCGAAGCGAUAAGAGCCACCAGAGAAGAACUCUCGCCGCACGUCCGGGACUCGAGAUGAUCACCGCCACCGCCUCCCGCAUCGCGACGGCGCCCGCCUCCAAGGGCCUCUCCGCGCGCCGCGGAUCCAAGUUCACGGCCGGCGCCGCGCCCGUCGCGCACCUCCGCGCCGCCCCCGCCGCGUCGUACCCCGCGCGCCUCGGAGCGGGAUCUCGCGUCUCCGACCGCGGCUCCCGCCUGGUCGUGAGCGCCAACCUCUUCCAGAGGCUCGGCCGCGUCAUCGGCAGCUACGCCAACUCCCUCGUCUCCGCCGCCGAGGACCCGGAGAAGAUCCUCGACCAGACCGUCGUCGAGAUGCAGGAGGACCUCGUCAAGAUGCGCCAGGCGAGCGCGCAGGUCGUGGCGUCCCAGAAGCAGCUCGAGAACAAGUACAAGCAGGCGCAGGCCACCGCCGACGACUGGUAUCGCAGGGCGGAGCUCGCGCUGUCCAAGGGAGACGAGGAGCUGGCGCGCGAGGCCCUCGCGCGUAAGAAGAGCUACCAGGAUAACGCGGACUCCAUGGCCGCCAACCUGGAGCAGCAGAAGGACGCCGUGGAGAAGCUCAUCGCCAACACGCGAUUUUUGGAGGCUAAGAUGGCCGAGGCCAAGAGCAAGAAGGACACGCUCAAGGCGCGCGCAGCCUCCGCCAAGAGCAACCAGGAGGUCCAGAAUCUCAUCGCGGGCGUUUCCACCUCUUCCGCCCUGAGCGCGUUCGAGAAGAUGGAGGAGAAGGUGAUGAUGAUGGAGUCGCAGGCUGAGGCGACCGGCAUGCUCACCGCGGGCUCCGACCUGGAGGACAAGUUCAAGGCGCUGGAGGGCGGCACCGUGGACGACGAGCUGAGCGCGAUGAAGUCCAAGAUGCUCGGCGACGGCGGGAACAAGGGCAACGCGCUGCCCCCGGGACGGCCGGUGUCGGACGCCAUCGAAUCCGAGCUGGAGGCGCUCCGGAAAAAGGCCAACGACAUGUGAGUGAGUCGAACCGGUUAGUUCGCCUCGGCGACUGAGACGACGAAAGCGCGAGGAGGGGAAGCGGCGAUGACUGAGAAGGGCGACGCGCGAUGGACCCGCGUGACGACGGCACGGGUCGUGCACGCACGCUCGCCGCGACUUGUUUUUUUUUGAUGUUCCACCCUUUACCGAUGCGGUUUCAACGUUAGCGUCGACUCU